AUGGUAUAUACUGUUUUAGCAUCUGUUGUUGCUCUCAGUGGUCGACGUCAUCCGACAGCACCAAACCAGAGUAACCCGACAAGUCCAUUUCCGGGGAACCACAUGGACUCUCAGUUACCGGGCGACGCAACUCCGCCGAGCGAUCACCCUCCUUCGUCACCGGCUAACCCAAUCCAGCAAGAACAGCUCAGCAACCAAGUGAGGGUUCCUUGCUCCGCAAGUCACCAAACGAAGCCAGAAUAUCACACUAAGCCGAGCCCUCCGUCUCAGUCACCGCCGGGUCAGGACAACGCGAAUCAUCAAGUUACGGUGUGGACUGAUCACUCAGCUCCCACGGGUCAGAGCAGAACAUUGUAUGAACGAUUUUUUGGCAAUCAAUCGGUACAACAUGGCCAAGAUGAAUUCCACAUAAUGGAGCGUAUGAUGAUCUUAUGCGUCCCAAGCUAUUUCUUUGCUUCUGCGGUAGCCUACACAUCAAUAUGGUCCCAACUUCCAGACCUCAAUACCAGCAUCUACAUCCAAUGCUUCCUUAAUCCGUUGGCUUUCUCUCUCUUCCUCUUGGCCCACGCGGUGUUUCGCGGAACACACCCAACUCUUGCUGCCUUUCUAGAUCGUUUAUCGCUCCUUCUCAUCGUUACCUCAGCCUACUUAGCUUCGAUGCCCAUGUUUCCUCCCCACAUUGCUAUCAUUAUGUUCCUCGUGGUCAACANUUUAGCCACUCGAUUUGGUCAUUCCAUUGUGGAUCCAGUACCGAGUUUAUUCACCUUCAAGAUCAAUGAUCCGUUGCUGAUUGAGUUAGCUGGGAUUAGUUUCUCCAAAGUCCAAGCCAGACUGAAAUUAGAGAAUCAACGCCCGGAUUUGUCAAACCUUGUUCAGAUUGGUCCAAUGCUUGUAACGCAUUGGGGACUUAGUGGACCGGUUAUUCUCAGGCUCUCUGCAUGGGGUGCACGACAUCUCUUCACUUCAGAGUACAAAGGGCUUCUUAUUGUUGACUUUAUGCCGGAUAUCAACAUCGAAGCUGCAAAAUCUCAACUCAGACAACACAAGCUGCAGUUUUCAAAGCAUAAGGUCUCCAAUUCCUUUCCUCCUCAGUUUGGUCUUGUCAAUAGAUUCUGGAGAUACAUUCUAGACCGCGAGGGUUCUUCAAAAGACACCUUGUGGGCUUCAUUGUCAAAUAACUCCUUGAGCUCUAUCUCGGAUCUUCUUAAACAUUGUACAUUUCAAGUCACUGGAAAGGGUCAAUACAAAGAUGAGUUUGUGACAGCAGGUGGGGUUCCUUUAUCCGAGAUUUCCUUGAAGACAAUGGAGAGCAAAUUGGUUCCGAAUCUUUUCUUUGCAGGAGAGGUACUAAAUGUAGAUGGAAUUACAGGAGGCUUCAAUUUCCAGAAUGCUUGGUCAGGUGGAUAUAUCGCAGGCACACAUAUCGGCAGAUUAGCAAGCAACACAAGUUCUACAGAAAGAAAAGUACAUAUUUGUGGAAACGGCUUGGACGGUGGUGGUCUUGGGAGAAGCUUUGACGGAGUCUUUCAUCGCUUCGUGUAG